ACCAGGUUGUCGUUAACGGAAACCAGACUGUUAGCUUCAGGAAAUCAGUUGGUGGAAAAAAAGCUUUAAUUUCUGUUAUCAAAUCUCGCCACUCAGAGUCAAACGUACAUUGGGGCAGCAACAGACUGUGGCCAAUGGACCCUCGGACUACAACAUCGAAUCUGUGGUGUGUCCGUCGAUAGUACGCCCGGGUGCAGAGGCGCCGGGCCGGGCCGGGCCGGAACCAGAACAAGGCCCGGACGGACAUAACUAGCGCUGCGUUUUGCGACACCAGCGGGCUGGUGUGUGUCUGUGUGCGGGAAUUGUCAUGUUGUUUAUAGGGAACGUGUAACGUGUAUCACCGUGACUCGCCGCCUGUAGCCACACGGCACGUUUUGUUAACGCGUCCCCGGUCCUUGUGGGUGAUCACAUCGGAUGUAACGUCUCGAGGCUCGAGCAUGGGACCGCGGAACUCUGGGUUUAGCCAGAAGCGAGCUAGCGUUUACGUGAGCUAACGUCAAACGGACGUCAACUUUUACUUGUUAACCAGCGAGGCGACGUGAGAAAGGCAACGAGUAUGAGCGCUGCAGCUGUGUUUAUGUGAAUGAAGAGGAGUUGUUUGAUAUUGCCCCACCUUCCCCAGCUUGUCGGCUCUUUAACGGGCCUGGUCGAUGUUUCUGGGGCGAGUAUAGCAGUGGAGCUCAGUUAGCUGCUAGGUUAGCCCGCCCCGAUGAAGGAGUACAAAGUGGUCGUGCUCGGCAGCGGCGGGGUCGGGAAAUCCGCGCUGACCGUCCAGUUUGUCACCGGCACCUUCAUCGAGAAAUACGACCCGACCAUCGAGGACUUUUACAGAAAGGAGAUCGAGGUGGACUCGUCUCCGUCCGUGCUGGAGAUCCUCGACACGGCGGGGACUGAGCAGUUUGCCUCCAUGAGAGACCUGUACAUAAAGAACGGACAGGGGUUCAUCUUGGUCUACAGCCUGGUCAACCAGCAGUCAUUCCAGGACAUCAGACCAAUGCGAGACCAAAUAGUUCGAGUGAAGCGGUUCGAGAAGGUGCCGUUGAUACUGGUCGGGAACAAAGUCGACUUGGAGUCUGAGCGUGAGGUGGCUGGGUCAGAUGGACGAGCUCUGGCUCAAGAGUGGGGCUGCCCUUUUAUUGAAACUUCAGCCAAGAGCAAGACUAUGGUGGACGAGCUGUUCGCAGAGAUCGUCCGACAGAUGAAUUAUUCCACACUGCCGGAGAAGCAGGAACAGUGCUGCACAGCCUGUGUGGUACAGUGAGAAAGAGAUGCCUAAUUUGUCUGGAUCACCACAAGGAUUUUGAUGUACCAUGAACCUGGGGACAAACUGACAGAAACUUACCGAAGCUGGUGAAGUUUCUGUUCAGUGUGGUUUCUGACUGUCUAUCACAGAGCAUCUGACAGGAAAAGACGUCUGUCCUAUUUUUGAUAUCAUAACUGUUAGAAGACGUUUCUGCUGCAACCUUAACGGCCUUUCGGAUCAUCCAGGAUGGAUUCAGACUGACGGACUUGUAAUGAGCGAGAAUAGCCAUCUGUGAAUUUCAGUCUUCUUUUUUUUUCUCCUUUUAGUCGGAAGUAUCCCUCAAAUAAUAAGCAGGAGUGUUUGUGAGGUUGCAGCCUCCUUUUUAAUGCUGCUUUAAUCACUAUUAUAUACUUUAUUAUUACUUGUAUUGUGUCUCAAGUUUGGAAUUUGACAAAGUAUUUCAUAAUUUUGAAACAUUUUGACUUUUAAGCAUGCAUACUUCGAUCAGUUUGCUGCCCAGGUAUGCUGCUGACUCUAUUUUGAGAAUCUUGUCUGAAAUAAUUAUUCUAACUGACUUUUUAGCUUUAGGAAAAUUAGACGGGAUGUAAAACUCUGUGGAUUAAUCCUGUAACAUCAAUAAUUUACUAUUUUAUUAUUGCAGUAGCCUGAAGCAGCUAAACUCAUCUGAAAACAUGCAUGCUCAAAAUGGAAAAUGUUCUACUAAAUCAACUUGAAGUGAUAAGGAGGAGCCAUUUUACUGUUUUUAGCCUGAAUUCUGUCAAAGUCUCUACAAGGCAUGAAUCACGGGGACGCAGGUCUUCCAUUUUCAGUUUUCUCAAAGAGUGUGUGGGAGAAUGAUUUUGGAACGACCAAAGGAAGCUCACAGUGCAAAUUAGUGUUUGACUACAUGAUGUGUGUUGCUUUAAAUUCAGGAGACGCUGAUUUCUUGUCAUCAAAUUAUUCGCAGCAAUGUGGUUUGAUAAAAGUUCUGGCACAGUUAAUCAGAUUUAACUUUGUAUUCUUUUUCUUAUAGUAACAUAUUUAUUAAAGACUAACAAUAUGGGUAGCCAGUUUUAAACUUUUAAAGUACUAGUUUUCUUUUGUUUUUGUGACUUUUUUUCAGGAUAUCUGGUACAUUGUUUUGUUUUUGAAGCUGAGGAUUUAACAGAGCCUUAAAUAACUUCUGUUGCACCCUGGUGUCAUGUUUCUUUUUCUCAAAGAUAUAAAAAUCGUCAUGGUAAUAAACAUGCUGGCCUUUCUGAGUUUGUCAUUGGGCACA